AUGUCAAGAAAAUUUGAGGUUGGGGGUGGUGAGAGUGCAAGGCGCACUACCGGACACAUGGGCCCCAGCACCAUCACCCCCUCCACCACCUCUCUUCAACCUACCCUCCCUUCCCUUCCCUUCCCUUCUCUCUUUGCGUGCCUUUUGCUGCCCUAUACUCUCCUUUCACCCCCUCAUUACUCCAAAUCUUUGCAUUCAUUCUUUAAACUUUUCUUUGGCUCUGCUAGAAAUUUGACUCCAUAUCUUGCUCUCAUGGAUGUUACUCUUGGUUUACUACGGGGUGGUGGUGGUUCUUCUGGGCCUUCCACUAAUGAGUCUACUGUGUCAAAGAUGGAGGUGGUGGAGCAAGACUUCGUGGGCCUGUCCUCUGAGGCAUCCUCAUACCCCCCGGUUGAGGCUGAACUCGAGCUGGGUCUUGGUCUGAGCCUAGGUGGUGGUGCUGCUGCUACUGUAAAGGGUAAGCCUUUUAUAUGGGGAGAGUGUCGUCGAAUCUUGACUGCCAAAGACUUUCCUUCAGUGGUCUCUCAUGGUUCCUCAGUUCCUUCUCGGUUCUCAGACAGAGCAACUGCUGUUGCAGCUGUUACUGGAACUAAGAGAGCUGCUGACUCUGUUUCACAAGAGGGUGGAUCUCCUCCUAGUGCCAGUCAGGUUGUGGGAUGGCCACCCAUAAGGGCUUACAGGAUGAACAGCUUGGUAAAUCAGACAAAAAGUCAAAGAGAUGAAGAAGACAAGCAAAUUGGAGAGAAAGAUGAAUCCAACGAUUCUUCAAAAAAGAAAAUUUAUACAAAUACUGAAAAUACUGCUAAAGAAAAAUGUCAUCUUGGAUUUGUGAAGGUGAAUAUGGAUGGAGUUCCGAUAGGAAGAAAGGUUGAUUUGAAUGCUCAUUCUUGCUAUGCGACUUUGGCCGAAAUGCUGGAAGACAUGUUCUUUAGGUCCACCACAACUGUCAAAUCCAUGGGUGGAGAGAAAGAACAGGUGACAAAAUCCCCUAAGCUUUUGAAUGGUUCAUCUGAAUUUGUGCUCACUUAUGAAGAUAAAGAUGGAGACUGGAUGCUUGUGGGAGAUGUUCCAUGGGGGAUGUUUCUUGGCUCUGUGAGACGGCUUCGAAUCAUGAAGACCUCUGAGGCAAAUGGACUUGCUCCAAGAUUUCAAGAAAGGAAUGAGAGACAAAGAAGCAAGCCCAUAUAAUGCCACUGAUCUGAUCAUUCUCAAAUUGAGUACAUGAAGAAAACCCACAGAUUGAAAACAAAGGAAAGUAGAAAAGUUCAUGAGACAGAAUGUCCUGCUGAGAUUGUUCUUCCACUGGUUUUUAUAUUGCUCCCUUUUUGUUAUACUCAACCAGUCUCUGGUUGUUGCUCCUUUUUUGUCCUUGUAGGUCAUUUUGAUUCUAGUUUUUACAGGCUCUUAAUAUAGUGCUACCAUACAGGCCUGCCAACUUGGCUGAAUGCUGCUUCACAGUAUUGUAAAUAUGGGAGUACUUAUAUCUAGAGUGUUGAGUCUGCUGCAAUCUAGUGGUCUCAGUUUUUACAAGGUUGGAAAAAAAAACUUGGGUUGUUUUAGAUUUUUAAAAAUUCUGUGGUUGUGUUGGUUGGCCAUGUUUUCUAAAUGUGAUGCUCCAGCAGUGUUUUGAAAGUGUUCUUUUGU